CCCCCUAACAACACCAUGACACCGCCAACUCCAAGUACCACCGGAACGGGAACGUAUCCGCCACCCAUUUACACCCCGACACCACCGGUUCCCUCUACCACCGGGACGGGGACAUACCCGCCACCUAACAAUACCACCACACAGUCGACUACAUCUACCACUGGAACGCCACCUAAGACCAUAACGCCCCCGUCACCAACCACCACCGAGACGGUACCAUCCCCGUCGUCAACGCCGUCCAAUCCGCCACCAACAGUAACCAUAACCCCAACCACGACCACACGUAUUACCACCUCCACCAAUGUUCCUCCGCCAGCCACUACACCGAACACCACCGCCCCGCCCUGUGACGACAGUGUUCCUAAUCCACCCUUGCCGCUGUAUCCGAGAUGCGGUGUCGUACUGGACCCGACAUACGCCACCCCCGACUGCUUUCUUGUUGACAUCGGCUUCUAUGUGACACCUUCCUGUAAUCCCUUCGAAGCCCAGCGCUGGAAGAGGAACGGAAACAGCCAUGUCGGCGUAAUAAUCAACGACACCGCUGUAUUAACGGUCGCCAGUGGUCUACGCGAUCCCAAAACCCGCAAAGCUAUGGCCAACAUCGCGGUUCGCGCCACCUCCGGCUCAGCAGAAAUAGAGGCCCAGUAUAUUCUGGCCAAGCGGAUGUUCUUCCAGGACGAUCACCUCCGCGCCACCAACCGCUACCCGAACCGUCUUUUCGUCCUCCUGGAACUGGAGCAACCUAUCAACAUGGAGCGCGCCUGUCCAGUGUGUUUCUCCGAUCGGCGUCAGGAUAAGCCGCUCUCGGACAGCAAUUCCUACGAUAACCGCGCCUAUCUUGGAGAGUGUACGAUGUACGGACGCUACAAGGUGCCUUGGAGCUAG